AUGUCCUCUCACGAAGACGACGGCCCUUCCCCCUUUACGAGAAUCGCUCAAUUGGAGUCUUUCGUAGAGCAAUUACGAAUGGCCCUUCGCCAGCGCAAAUGCGUCCUUCCUGAUCCCGAUAAGUUCAACGGCACGGUUCAGCGGUGGGAUACCUGGCUCCCUUUAAUCAAGGCCAAGCUUCUCGUCGACGAUCAGCUCGUUCUCGCUUACGACAAUCUAAACAAAAUUCAAGAAGCUGAAGAUAAGCUGCUUGCUUGCAAGCAAGGUACGGACGCUCUCUAUAUCUACGUCUUACGCUUCGAACGACUUUUGCACGCUGCUCGCUGUCAGACUUGGCCCGACGCUAAUAAGAUUAUUGCGUUCCGCAAUGCUUGGACGCUCUUUCGGCUCUUCCGGCCCGUCCUACGGAUUCUCUCGGCCUCCGGCCUUAUCGGCUCCUUAGAACCGCCCUCGCACGUCAACGGGCCUUCUUCCCGGCGACCCAAUGGACCUUUCAGCAGUCGACCGCGCUUAACAACUCGAGCAAUUGCAGCACGCCAACGAGCUCGGCGCUAUAGAGCUUAUCGACGCUCACGAGGCUGA